CUUCUUAUCGUGCUUCGAUAAUAUUAUCGGAUUGUACGAUGACAAUCGUGUAGAUUUCGAGAGCCGAGAGAAGUCGCUUACCUGGCGUAGAAACAACACGACAGUAUGGCCUACUUCUGGAACAACAGUCCGGCGAAGCGGCCGGACACCGCGCCUCGAGGCCGAAGGACGAACUUUUUCUACCCGGAAGAAGAGGAGAGACCGCACUUCACGAGGACUUCUGCCCGAUUCGCGGAUGAAUUCACACUGGGCCAGGACGCAAUCACGCCGGAUGAUCCCAGGGUAAGAGGAGUCAUAGAGUAAAGUCGUUUUAAUGAUGCGAUAGUCAGUUAGACCAACACCUUUGCCAGCUUGUCAUGUAUCAAAUAUUCCAAAAAACACUAACGCAGUAUAUCCGUGCGGAGGCGCGCAAGGACUCUCCGUUCAACCGUGCGCACGAUAUGCAUCGGUUCGACCGGGAACUUUACCAGCACGAUCACAUGCAUGGGACGACGGCCGGUGUCGCCCAAAACGAGGCGUACGGGGUUGACCACGUAGCGCGGCACACGAACGUGACGAAGGAGGACUACGACAUCCAUCAGCACGAUCACUUACGCGGCACCUACGGGUCCAUUGCGGAAAACGAGGGGUACGAGGUGGACCAUGAAGUCGAUCCGGAUCGGAUCCACCGCUCCGCGCAGGAGGAGCACCACCACGACCACCAAAUUGGCGAGACCGCGGGCGUGGCCAGAACUGAGGGGGCGGAGGUGGAUGACCAGGAGUUUGUGUCCAGAUUCCCGCAUCGGGUGGACUACGCGAGGAGGGACCACUUGGUCGGAGUCGGGAUGGGCGUCAGGCCGCACCGGGACGAGCCAAAAAGCCCGAGGACGAAGGAGCGGGUACUUCCUUUUUAGGGGUUUUGUGCCUAUGAAAUAAAAAUCGGAAUAAACAAGGUCAAUACUACAAAGGCCCAUUUAACAUGAUAGUACGCGUUUACUACUUUUAAGUACUUUAUCGCAUUCAACACAUCUCUCAUCUGCUCGUCACCAGGACUACGACCCAGAUGGCACUGCGAAGAACAUUGUCCGGCACGACGAGUGGACGCUUGCGCACGGGAAGGAAAUCUACCAGAACUCCAUCCGUCCCCCGUACAAGCCGGCGAAGAAAUCGGAAACCGCCGCGGGAAACCUCCGGCUACCGCACCACUUGCACCAGGAAAACCGGUACGAAUACGAGGAUCCGCAGGAGGGCGCUUUUCAUCGCGGUACGGGGGAGCACUCCCCCAAGCACCACCUCGGGGGCAGCGGCAUGCAGGUGGUGCGGGAGCAGCCCGAGGCGCGGAAAAUGCUGACCGCGGGGAAGGCAAAAUACGACCCGGACAUGCACCUGCCCGUCGGCGGGUUCGACCACAUCCAAGCGGGCGUGGAGCGGCUGCAGCAACCCUACUACGACCACUACAAGGGAAAGAUGGUGUACCCGGGUGACGAGGUUGGCUACGACGCGAACGUGGGGCACGGAAAGCGACACGGCUACGGAAUCCGGGACGAGAUGAACAGCGCCAGGUCACAUUUCCAAAACGGCACGAUGACCUUCAAGGAAACGGAGAAAGAGGCGCACGAUUCCGUGCGAGGGAAGAAAAAAGUGGAGGGGAUGCACGACCACUACGACGCGCAUUCUGGGCUGGGGAUCCGGCAGUCGCAGCACAUGCAUGGGUCGAUAGGAAAGGAUUCCCUGGUGGACGAUACGGGUAUGGAGGAGCGAUGUGGCUACUUUUUUUUUCAUAAUAGAAAAAUCUAAGAAAAAUAAGCAUGUGAAGAAACUGUUGGUACAACUGCUUGCACUACAAGCGGAGCACAAAAAAAAAACCAAAAGGUCUUCCCCGUUUCAUCGGUCAUGGGAAGCACCGAGUGGACCACGAAGAAGACCACUACGACGGCAUGGUCUUCCGUGACGACGAGGUUAUCACUGGCAAAUCGCACAAGGUCCACGCCGUCGACCAGUUAGGCCAGGAUCUCAGCCCGUCCAGCCGGUCGCUGCAGGAGAAAACACACGGAAGAAAACACAUCAUGGUGGUGUCACAGGAAGGAGGCGUUUUUCCGGAUCCGGAUGGUAUGAAUACGACUUUUUCGAAAGCAGCGGCAGGGGCGCGUGAACCUGAUCAAUCUCCAUUUGGCUUUUCGUUUUGAUACAGCGUUGUAACUUUCACCGUCUUUCAACAGGUACCUUCAGCCCCAAGCUCACCGGGAGGAAAGCUGUUGACGAGCCUGGGUGUAAGGCGGGCGUGCACUUUGGCCCCGGACAAGUAGUGGAAGUUUUGAACAAACCAGUUGGUCGCGCGCAUAUCGAGUCCGAAGACCACAUCAAGCAAGUCUUCAGUCCCUUGGCAACCGCGUUUAGGGACGCGCCACUCGGUAUUAUUUGUGGCGUCUUUGCUCUCGAAAUAUAAAAGUGGCGUUGUAGUUGGUAGCCUCGAUGAAGAUGAACAUAAUUCGAUGAGUAAGUAAUUUUCUCGGUCUAGUUUGGCUGCGUCAACAAUGAUGAAUUCGGUUCGUACAAGCAUUUGCAUUUCUAAUACUGCGUGCUUGGAUUUGAUAGAGCCAGAGUUUCAUCGGUUGUUUCUCGUUCGUUCCAAAGUAGCUCUCUGUUGGCUGCGUAGUCGUACUACAUGAAAUACUUCUCGGUUGCCCUCGCUCGUCCACUUAGUCGUGCUAGGCCGUCCGUGCGCACUUUGGUGCUGAAGCAACAACGCAUUUCCUUUCCUGCUAGCAGCGUUUUUCAUCUUUCGUCAGAUCACCGGCAGCACAAUUAUCAGACCCCAUAAAAUUAAACAUUUGGCUUUGAUCUACCCUCCCCCGCCCUAGUAGAGCAGCAAACCUCACUGCGUACAUUUGUCGUUUUCCCGCGGCCGCCCUUGCCCAAAAUGGGAAUCUUCAAAAAGCCAAAGGAGCCCGAGCUCCAAACGUCGAUCACUCGACCGAUAGCAGCGCCCAUGCCCGAGUUCCUUUCGAAACAAUCCACCGACUCGCGCCCGGCGGGCGCUUCCUACUCGACGCGAGACCGGGAGUGUUUUUCACGCGGAUACUCGUUAUCCUUCCCCCUGCCCGAGGGCUACAUUUUGACCGAACGCAUAAAAAAAGAUAAACCGCUGUCUGCCGCGCAGCUGCGCUCGCAGAUCGAAGAGGAAAUCGCGGACGCAGGGUACCUGAGCAUCGGCGACCCGCAGAUGUGGGGCCGGACCUUAAUCGAGGAGAAGGGCUCGAAGUGGGAGAUUUCGGCCGUGGAUAUGUUUGGGAACACGGUAAACUAGAAUUUUGAAAAAUUAUAGCUUUCUCCUUGUUUUGCUUUGCAAUUGCAGCUCUUGCAACAUGAGAUCAUGUUCGUCGAUUUAGUUUGGCUGCGUCUUUCUCAUGAACAAUGAUUUUUGACACUGCAUCAUCGCAAUGUACUAAACCUACCACAGGUCUCCCGCGAGGGCACCACGGCCGACGACCUGGCCCGAGCCUUGUGUGCGUUGUCCCACGUGGAAAUGCGAAUGUUCGGGCUGCGAGCGCGCAUGGACCCCUUGCCCGAAGGGAAGGUGAAGAAAAGGCACAACCCAAGCAUGGUCUCCACGGGAAUGAACAUGGCGCUCACGUUCAAGUAUACACUUUUAUUUAGAUUUAUUCUUUGUCGUUCUUCUUUGUGAUGCUACUGCUGGCUUGCCAAGGAGAGAACAUGGCCAUGCAUGGUAUGCUGCAAUUCUUGUCAACACAUGCUACUACAUGAUCUGAACUUAAACAGCGAAAACGAGCUGCUGAACCAGCGGUAUGCGGCCAGAAAAUCAGUCCAAGAUGGUACCCGGUUCGGGCAGUUGAGUCAACGGGCCCAGGAUCCCGAGUUCGAGAAGCGCGGGACCAAGCACUUGUUCGACAACGUCAGGCAAGACCACUUCGUCGGGGGCACGUUUGAGUUGAAAGAAGAGGACGUGGCCGAGCAAGCUGUAGGCGCCCCGGACGCGGCCGGACACAUGCCGAGAAACUUCUACGGAGGGUAAUCAUCUUGCCAUGUUUUUUUGUGAAUGACGUAGACAUGCGCGGUCUAUAUAUCGGUAAUGCGAAUUGUAGUGUCAGGAAAAUAAUAGAGGACGAGUUGAAAGAGUGACGUGGAGCUGCAUCCACUGCGAGCUGCUAGUUUUGGAGGCAUCAGAGUGUUUUUUUCUUUAAAUUUCUUGUGUCUCGAGCGAUUGCGAUUCUGACUCGGCCGCGCACGGCAGAUGUGGAAGCCAGCCUGAUAGGGAUCGAAAAGACGGGGACACCGCAGCUGUGCGUUGAUGAAUUUGCAGAAGUGGGACUACUUCACGGAAGAAGGUCAACGGCGCGGCACAGGGAAAAAACAAAGAUUGGAUGGGCCGCGUCGCUCUCACUUCUGAACGAGCGUAGAAAAAAGCCGCGAAAAAACAAGCAAACAACAUCGAAUUUCAUAUCACAACAUCUUCUCACAACUUCUUCGAUUUAACCAAUCAGGCUGCAAGGAAUCGAAUUUUCGGGUCGCAGGAGGCGUAUAGCCAGCCAGGACGACAAGCAUCUUCAUCUCACACCCGACUGGCACUGGUCGAAUUUCGAGGAAAAGGAGCACAUCCACGGACUGAAAAAGGUUGACAAUCCAAGCGUGUACAAGGACCACUUGGGUCGAGAUAUGAUGCUCAGAGACGAAGAUACAAGAUUCGCAAAAGAGGGGGGAUCUAUCACAGGCGGUGGCAGAAGAAUGGUGGAAAUCGCAGCAGCCCACGACCACAUGCACGGAAGCAAGAUGGACGUGGACCGGCAGAAUUUCGAGGGAAAAAGGACCCACGUGAAAAUCACGGACAAGCGGGGGCAGGUGCACGACCACUUCACGAGAGACUGGAGAGAGGUGAGCGAGGAUUUUUCACAAACCCCCGGGUACGUCCCGGACCCGCGGGUGAUUCAGCAGAUGCAACUGCAACAAGAGCAGGAACAGCAGGCCCGCCUCCUGGCCUACGAUCCGCCCCCAAGGCAGCAGCCUAAUCCAAAUUACAAGAACCCAGCGCAGCCGCGAGGCUCGGCGACACUUCCGUGGCGCGAACAGUACCAGCCUGGUGCUGACCGCUUCAACUAUUGAAAUGCGUAAUAAAUAAACGUAAAUCAAAACUGUCAGUCUGCAGCGAGAGAUCGCGCGCGGUCGGCGGGCGCGCGACUAUCAGUCCGAUCGGAAGCACUUCGAGAACAUCGGUACCGUGAGUACAGAGUACAGCUCUGCGCCGCUGAUGCAAAGGAAGGCGCGCAUCGAUCCUCGCUACGGACCGCCAGGGUUCUUUGAAAGUAGCAUCCGCUUGGAGUAAUCGAAGCGUUUCAAAAUUAACCGAGUUUCGGAAUCUAUUGUUUCUCAUGUACAAAUUUUCUGUUCUAGUUCUUUAUGACUGUCGACCUUAAUCCCUCCGUUUUGCUUUUCCAUCGCAAUGUACCUAAAAAGCAUAUAAAGUACGGUCGCACUUCUAUAUGCAACUUUGCUCAUUCGUUUCCUAUUUGUUUCUUCCCACGGCAAGAAGUCUCACUCUUUCUGUUCAAUGUCGCAGUACAAGGCAGAGUGAAAAAUGUACCUAUUGGGCGGCAUAAUUUUUAUAGUACCUCAGGAGCAGCUAUUUUGCACAAAAUUACUAAGCUUUAGUAGUCACAACUGAAGUAUCAGUAUCAUCAUCUUCGGUCGCUAGCAACGGUAGAGCUUUUCCUUUUGUACGCCAUUUUUUGUGUCGUUGUACCCAAAGGUGGAUGUUGGAUGAACCCUUUCUGCAGGAUUGACAUGCGAUUGAGUGAAACUUUAUCUUCUGAAUCUAUCGCUUUGUCGUGAGAACCCGCCGACUACGCCACUGUGGUGGGGCCCCUUGUCUGUGCACGUUAUAGACUAUGUCAGCGUUCUUGAUUGUUUAUUUUCAUUUUGGC